AUGCCUCUGAAGGACCAGGCCAUUCCCCGCCCGGGGCCCCGGCUGGCUCGGCGAUCCCAGUUCGGACGAGACCCAAACCUCGGGGCCCCGCGCGUGUGCCCCGCCUGGGUCCACUCGGGCGACCAAAUCCUCCUUGGACGCCCAGGCGGGCUGACAGUUAAAGCGCGGCCACCCCGGCCCCGACCCCGCUCGGGCAGGCGAGAGGAAGGCGCCCACCCCGGCAGCACCGCCCGGGAGUGGCGGGGGCGAAGGGCUAGGCGGAGGAAGCGCGCCCGCCGGGCCCGUCCAGCGACACUGACCUGUCGUCGCCCCCGCGCCUGGGAUGCGGCCUCUCGGGUCGUAGUCACCCUCGCCCGCGCCUCCGCCCACCACCGCCCCGUUCCCGGUCGCUGCCGCCACCGCCGGGGCUCAUGCGGGACCCGCGCCGCCUUCUCCGGAAGCCGGGCCGGGACACGGCGCGCCUGGGCCGCCGAGAACCCGACGCUCGUCGCCAGCCGCCGCUGUCGGUGCGCGCCGAGGGGUUGCGGAGCCGCCUGGCAGGGGCUGCAGGCCGCGAGCGACGCCGAGGAGGCGCUGAGGGUCGGCGGAGGCGAAGCUAAGCGGGCAGCGGGCGGCUGCGCAGCGGCGGGGCGCACGAGCGAGGGCUGGGUGGUGCGUCGCGGUCUAGGCGGAGAGGGAGCGGGCCCUGUCGUCUCCCAGAGUCACCCCGAUCCCAGCGCCACCAUCUUGGGAGGAACACUGAUCUCGCGACCGCGGCGCCAAACGGGAGGACGGGCUGGGCGGGCCGAGUAUCCCGGCAGGCAGCGCGCGCCGCCCGGCCGGGCGAGGGCUUCAAGCCGAGACGCGAGGAGUCGGGGCCGGACGGAACGCACGCGGAGGGCGCCGCGCUCGGCCCCACCCCCGGCCAGCUCGCCCCCCUCCGGCUUCCCGUCGCCCCCGGCGCAGGGGCGGCUGGGAAGGGGAGAUGAGGGCUCGCGGCUCGGCCGAACCCACCGGGGCCGGCCGCCAUCUUAGGACUGGGCAAAGGGGUUAACACUCACCUCACUCUGUGCUGUCGGUGGCCGAGCAGAAAGAACCAGAACUCUGCCAGGCCUUGAGAAGCAAUAAAAGAUCGACAAUCUCUAUCCCUGCUCUCAAGAAAUCAGUUCAAAAGGAAGUAAAAGUAUGGAAACUUUUUCAGUGAUUAUGAGAGUAGUCUACUAAUAUGUAUCUACUAAUCCCAACAAGCUUUUUAAAAUGAAGCAUUCUUCCCUAAACUGCUGGUGUAGCUGGUUUUUUGACAGAGCUAUUUUGUUGCUCAAGAUUUCUUGUUGAUGUGAAUCACAACAGAUGAAUCCAAGUGCAAAAACAUUUUUUGUCUUACGCAGCGUACCCCAGGAUCAGAAAUCCGAGAGUCUGGAAAAAAUAAAGGUUAAAUGGGGUGGUA